UAUUCGAAAAAAUGAAAUUUCUUGUAGUAAUACUUUGCAUUGCAUUGGGUGUCGAGGGCGCUAUUCCAAAAGAUUGGCAUCCAUAUAAGACAGCCAUUUUGGGAAUAAAUUUUCCUAUGUGCGCGAAUUGUUCAGAUAUAAAAAACUUUCGAGCCAAUGUUGGUUUCACUUGCCAUUUCGACGAUGACCUAGCAAUUGAAGAAAAUUUUCAAAAAUUGGAAAAUAAACAUCCAGAAUGCAUGCCAAAUGAGUUCACUUUAACUCCUCUCGUCAUCCGAUAACAGGUGAAGUAAACCACUAUUGCUGCUUUUGGUCGCCAAUCUUGGGAUGUUCGGCACUUAUCGGAAGACAGCACUACGAUAAAAAGCAAACUUUCU